AUUUACUCACAUGUGGACUGGAUUUUAACAGUGACGGGAACGUGCUUACUGUGUUGUGAUACAAUCUAGACAGACAAGCAAGUGAUGCACCUCACGAUUUGGUCAACGAAGAAUAUAACAACAUAUUACAGUCUUUAUCGAUUAUCACAAAUUUCGCUGUGGAUCUCUCUUGCCUAAACGACAAAUGGUACGAUGGAAAAUUUAGAAUUGAGCCUGUCAUCACUGGGUACCAUAUCCAGACAUAUUGACAAAAGUCACAACGAACUCAGCAAGUAUUUAGCAAAACAGAUAUGGAGCCAGCAGGACAGACACUGCAUUCUGGCUUGUUUGGCUCAGCUUCUGUUGGAGAAGGACUAUACGCUGCUGCUCGCCCGCCACCUCCGGCCCCUGAUUCUUGACCUGCUGGAGAGGAACGCAGAGAGGAUCAAAGCAGAUGGCAGGAUCAACCAUGAUCUCCACGAGCGCCUGUGUGUGGCGCUUAGCAAACUCCUCGGUGUCAGUCCUGAUGCACAGGCGUUUGCUGCGAGGUACUUCAACGAUGCCCCUCCAGUGUUCCAGAGGCUCUUCUUCACCAGUGAAGAGUCCUCGUCUGUCCAGUACGGCCCCAGGAGGAUGAAACUGCGGGAUUUGAUGGGCGCUACUCUCCGCUUCCUCCAGAGUGACUGUACCAAGUUCCGAGUCCUCUGGGACUGGAGUGCCUGCGUGUCUCAGCUACUCACCAGCGACGUCAUGGUUCGAGGUUACACUGCCCAGUGUCUGGCUCUGGUGUCUCACAUGACUGAUAAUCAGAAAUCCAUCUUCUUGAGAAAGGUGCUGUCGAGUGACGAGAUUCUGCACAUGAAGAUAAAGUCACUGGAGGAGACUCAGCAGUUGGAGGUAGAGAAGGCCCUGGUGCUGGCUAACCAGGGCACUGUGAUGUGGCACCAGGAGAAGGUGAACAAGUUCACCCGGGGCCAGGUGGUGUCAGAGGACCUGUCCCAGACCGUGGUGGCUGUCUGUGGGGUGGUGUUACCUAGGAUCGCCCCAAAACAGACAGAGCAGGGUAACCUAAAACAUCUGGUGCUAGUGGACUCAACCUGCCGCAACCUGCGGAGACUGGCCAUGGCCGUGGCAUCCCAGAAGGCUGUUCUUUUGGAAGGGCCCAUUGGAUGUGGUAAAACAGCCCUGGUGGAGUUCUUGUCUACAGUGACCGGACAUACCAAAACACCAGAGAUUCUCAAAGUUCAACUUGGGGAUCAAACUGACAGCAAAAUGUUGCUUGGGAUGUAUCGCUGUACUGAUAUCCCAGGGAAGUUUGUGUGGCAGCCAGGUUCCCUGACACAGGCUGUCUCUAAAGGACAUUGGAUCCUGUUGGAGGACAUUGACCAUGCUCCUCUGGAUGUGAUAUCUGUACUCCUUCCCUUGAUGGAGAGUAAACAGCUGAUGAUCCCAGGACGGGAGGACUGCAUUGAAGUGGCUCCAGGCUUCCAAUUCUUUGCUACGAGAAGAAUGUUCCACAGUGCCGGAGGCUGGUACAGGCCACAGAAUACCCACGCAGCUCUCUUGGACAAGUACUGGACUAAACUACAGAUUGGAAACAUGGCACGAGAGGAYCUGAAGAAGGUGCUGGUGAACCGGUACCCUAAACUAACGGUUGUGGUGGAGCGCCUCCUGGACAUCUACUGCCAGCUGACUGGAGAGAGGCACCCUGACCCGGUGGCACUGGGCCACACAGACAGUCUUCAUGCCCCAGAGGUGUCUCAUCACAGGCUGGAGGACAAGACCACGUCCCUGGAAGGGAGGGGACUGUCACUGAGAGACCUGCUGAAAUGGUGUGAGAGGAUCAGCAGUAACUUUGACAGCACCUCGUCUGCCUCCGCUCAACAUGUCUUCUUGGAGGCCCUAGACUGCUUUACAGCUAUGCUAUCCCAACCAGAGAGGAGGCUGUGCAUGGCUGAGGUCAUCGGGAGCAAGCUCAACAUCUCCAAAGAGAAGGCUGCACAUUUCUGCCAGAUGUACCAGCCUGGCAUCUCUGUCACAGAGCUGGAGGCCUUGGUGGGCAGAGUGACCCUGGAACGGAAGCAGAACGAAGUGGUCCGCAUCUGCAAUGAGAAGCAGACAUUUGCUGCCACGCGGCCCUCUGCAGUGCUUUUGGAACAGCUAGCGGUGUGUGUUACCCAGGGCGAGCCCAUUCUGUUGGUCGGAGAGACGGGCACGGGCAAGACAUCCACUGUGCAGUACCUGGCUGGAAUCACUGGACACAGGUUACGGGUGGUGAAUAUGAACCAGCAGAGUGAUACAGCUGACCUGCUAGGAGGGUAUAAACCAGUGGACCACAAGCUGAUCCUGCUGCCCCUGCGUGAGGCCUUCGAGGAUGUGUUCUCCCAGACUUACUCCCGCAAGCAGAACCUAACCUUCCUGGGCCAUGUGCAGACCUGCUUCAGGGGCAAGCGCUGGCAGGACCUCCUUAAGCUCAUGGACCACGUUUGCAAGUCGGCCCUCAGCAAGUCGGAGCUGCAGGAAAAAAACAAUGCUGCCUUGCUGCAGGAGCAGUGGGAAACCCUGGCCGUGAGGCUGGCUCAGACACAGCAGCAGAUCAGAGCCUGUGAGACCGCACUGGUCUUUGCCUUUGUGGAGGGCACUCUGGCCCAGGCGGUGAAGAAGGGAGAGUGGAUCCUGCUGGAUGAGAUUAACCUGGCUGCAGCAGAGACUCUGGAGUGUCUGAGUGGCCUGCUGGAGGGCACCGCCGGCUCUCUGGUGCUGCUGGACCGCGGAGACACUGAGCCCCUGGUUCGCCAUCCAGACUUCCGUCUCUUUGCCUGCAUGAACCCAGCGACUGACGUGGGGAAGAGGAACCUGCCCCUGGGCAUACGGAACAGGUUCACUGAGCUGUAUGUGGAGGAGCUGGAGAAUGAGGGAGACCUGCGCAUCCUGGUGUCUGACUACUUGAAAGGCCUGAACCCCAAUAAGAACGUCAUCAACGGGAUUAUAAGCUUUUACCUGACGGUGCGUAAGGAGGCUACCUCCAAACUGGUGGACGGAACUGGACAUCAUCCCCACUACAGCCUGCGUACCCUCUGCAGGGCUCUGAAGUAUGUGGCAGCCAACCCCUGCUACAGCGUCCAGCGCUCUCUCUACGAGGGCUUCUGUUUGAGUUUCCUUACCCAGCUGGACCGCAGCUCCCAUCCAAUGGUCCAGAAACUGGUGUGUCAACACAUCAUGGGGGGAAACAUCAAGUUUCUGAAGCAGCCCAUCCCGGAGCCCACGGGGCGGCCCUGCAUUCAGAUGGAGGGCUACUGGGUAUCCCAYGGGGAGAUGGAGCCGGCUCUGGACCCCAGCUACAUCCUCACCACCUCCGUCAAGCUUAACCUGCGUGACCUGGCCAGGGUGGUGUCCGCUGGGAGCCACCCCGUCCUGAUCCAAGGAGAGACCUCGGUGGGAAAGACCAGCCUGGUCAGGUGGAUAGCAGCGGCCACGGGGAACCAGUGUGUCAGGAUCAACAACCACGAGCACACAGACAUCCAGGAGUACAUGGGCUGCUACUCCUCUGACGGCAAGGGCAAGCUGGUCUUCAAAGAGGGCGUUCUGAUUGACGCCAUUAGGAAAGGAUACUGGAUUAUUCUGGAUGAGUUGAACUUGGCCCCUACUGACGUCCUGGAGGCCCUCAACAGACUGCUGGACGACAACAGGGAGCUGUUUGUCGCAGAGACACAGGAAGUGAUCAAAGCGCACCCCCGAUUCAUGCUGUUUGCUACCCAGAAUCCUCCUGGUCUCUACGGAGGCAGAAAGGUGCUGUCCAGGGCCUUCAGGAAUCGUUUUGUGGAGCUUCARUUUGACGAGUUGCCUAGUGAUGAGCUAGAGACCAUCCUCUGCCAGAGAUGUAGUCUUCCUCCAUCCUACUGCUCCAAGCUGGUCAAAGUCAUGCAGGAUCUCCAGUCUCUUCGCAGGGGAUCUACAGUGUUUGCUGGGAAACAUGGCUUCAUCACCCUGAGAGAUCUCUUCCGCUGGGCCGACCGCUAUCGGCUGGAGGAGCAGACAGAUGCCUCCCGCGAUUGGCUGCAGCAUUUGGCUGAUGACGGGUUCAUGCUGCUGGCUGGGCGGGUCAGGAAGCCAGAGGAGGCCUCCACUAUCCAGUCCAUCCUGGAGAAAAACUUCAAGAGGACGGUGAACUCUGACACCCUGUUCUCAGAGCAACAACUCACCACACAGUUUAGUCCGUUCGUGGACAGCAUCGCGGGCGUGCCUGAGGAGUUCCGUCACGUGGUGUGGACGCGGGGGAUGAGGAGACUGGCCGUGCUGGUGGGACGGGCCCUGCAUUUCGGGGAGUCUGUUCUAUUGGUGGGAGACACUGGGUGCGGUAAGACCACCAUCUGCCAGCUGUUUGCUGCGCUGGCCGGACAGAAYUUCUUCUCCCUCAACUGUCACCUGCACAUGGAGACGUCUGACUUCCUGGGGGGCCUGCGUCCUGUCAGACAUACUGGGACACACCAGGCGGAUGCUGAGGACGGCAGGUUGUUUGAGUGGCACGACGGGCCCCUUGUCCUGGCCAUGAGGGAGGGGGGGGUGUUCCUCAUGGACGAGAUCUCCCUGGCUGACGACUCUGUGCUGGAGAGACUCAACAGUGUCCUAGAGACGGAGAAGUCUCUGGUGUUGGCAGAGAAAGGAAGUGGWGAUGACGAUGACGUGGAGCUGAUCAUAGCAGAGCAGAACUUCCGCCUGGUUGCCACCAUGAACCCUGGAGGAGACUUCGGCAAGAAAGAGCUCUCUCCUGCGCUGAGGAACAGGUUCACAGAGAUCUGGUGCCCUCAGAGUAACAGCCGCAGUGACCUGGUGCAGAUCAUCCAGCACAACCUGAGGACCAGCCUCUCAUUGGAUGACAACGACCACCAAGGUGGAGACAUCGCCGAGCUCAUGCUGGACUUUAUUGACUGGCUGACCAACCAGGACUUUGGGCGGCGCUGCGUGGUCAGCGUGAGGGACAUCCUGUCCUGGGUCAACUUCCUCAACCUGGUGUGUGAGCGUGACGCCGACGGCUUCAUGACCAUGGGGGACGAGGGCGAGGAGGAGGCUGAGUGGGACCUCCGGCUGGACACGGUCACUGCCUUCAUCCACGCCGCGUGCCUGGUCUACGUGGACGCCAUCGGCUCAGGGACAACAGUAUCUGCUGCGGAGAACGCCUUUGUGGCGCGCAGGGCCUGUCUGAGCUUCCUGCAUACCAAGCUGGGUGGGAUCACCAAGCUGGACCAGGAGAUGCUAGACGCACUGAGGGUCUACGACACCAGCCUGCUCAGGGAGCCCCAGUGGGGGGACGACUUUUUUGGCAUCGACCCCUUCUACAUCUCCUCAGGCACGGAGAGUGAGAGCAGGAGCCUGACUGACUAUGCCCUAGCAGCAGGCACCACAGCAGUUAACGCCCAGAGGCUCCUGAGGGCCCUGAAGCUGCAGAGACCUGUGCUGCUGGAGGGCUCCCCUGGCGUGGGCAAGACCAGCCUGGUGGCCGCCCUGGCAAAGGCUUCAGGCAACCACCUCGUCAGGAUCAACCUCUCAGAGCAGACUGAUGUGACAGACCUGUUUGGGACCGACCUGCCUGUGGAAGGAGGGAAAGGGGGAGAGUUUGCAUGGCGUGAUGGCCCUCUCCUGGCUGGACUGAAGGCUGGACACUGGAUUGUCCUGGAUGAGUUGAACCUGGCCUCUCAGUCCGUGCUGGAGGGGUUAAACGCCUGCUUUGACCACCGUGCUGAGAUCUACAUCCCAGAGCUGGGCAUGAGCUUCCAGGUACAACACGAGAAGACAAAGAUCUURGGCUGCCAGAACCCCUUCACUCAAGGAGGGGGMCGCAAGGGCCUGCCCAAAUCCUUCCUCAACAGAUUCACUCAGGUGUUUGUGGAUCAGCUGACCAGUGAGGACAUGGKAUUUAUAGGAGACUCCAUCUUCCCGAACAUUGACAAUCAGAUCAUCUCUAAAAUGGUGCAGUUCAACAACCGGCUGGUCCUUGAUGUAUCUGUGGAGAGGAAGUGGGGUCAAAAAGGAGGCCCCUGGGAGUUCAAUCUGCGCGACAUGUUCCGCUGGUGUCAGCUGAUGCAGACCGACCAAUCACCAGGGUUCUUCAACCCGGGUCAGCACGUGGGGUUGGUGUACGCUGACAGGAUGAGGACCGAGGCAGACAAGACCCAGGUGCUAUCUGUGUUCAGGAAAGUGUUUGGGGAGGACUUUGAGCCUUACACCGGAUCAAGACAAUUCCACAUCACUCCACUCAAUCUGCAGGUGGGAUUCUCUGUCCUCCAGCGUAGCGGUGGAUCCCCUGUGMCCCUAGACCCCCUUCUGUCUAUCACCCACCAGGCACUGCGACCCCUGGAGUCCCUGAUGAAGUGUGUGGAGAUGGGCUGGAUGGCYGUGCUGGUGGGUCCCACGGCCAGCGGGAAGUCCAGCCUGGUGCGCCUCCUGGCCCUGCUCACCGGACACCGCCUCCGGGUCAUGGCCAUGAACAGUGCCAUGGACACCACCGAGCUGCUGGGAGGGUUUGAACAGGUUGACAUCGUGCGGCCAUGGCAGCAGGUGCUGGAGAARGUGGACUACAUCGUUGCCAUGGUAACACGGCGAGGUCUGAUGUCAUUGGACGGGGCAGGGGUCCAGGACACAGAGUUCCUGCUGAAGACCUGGAGCCUGUUCUGUCGCUGGCUGAAGGAGGAGGGCCUGGAGAGGACCGGCGGGACAGUGACCUCCGAAGCCCUCAACAAACUGGAGGUCAUCAUCCUCCUGUUGCAGAAGCUCAACACCAAACUCAAGGUGUUCACAGACAUGUCCAAGCUGCAGAUGGACUUCACCCUGUUGAAGGAGCGUCUGGCCCAGCUGCAGGACGGCUGGAGUAACGGAGGCUUUGAGUGGCUGGAUGGCAUGCUGGUCCAGGCCCUGCAAGCUGGGGAUUGGCUGCUCAUGGACAAUGUCAACUUCUGCAGCCCCUCUGUGUUAGACCGUCUGAAUGCCCUGCUGGAGCCCGGUGGGUGUCUGACCAUCAACGAGCGUGGGGUCAUCGAUGGAACCACUCCUUCCAUCACCCCACACCCCAACUUCAGGCUGUUCCUGACUAUGGACCCAGUGCACGGAGAGAUCUCCAGAGCCAUGCGGAACCGAGGGGUGGAGAUCUACAUCCCAGGGGAACACGAGGGGGUCUGUUGGGACGCUCUGGACCUGAAGACUGUUCUCCACACCGCUGGUGUGACCGGAGACUGUGUGUGUGACCUGCUGAUUGAAAUACACACUGACAUCAAAGCUACCAUUUGGGAUUCCCCUUCAUCAUGUGUCUCCUCCCUGCUCCAUGCUGCAGCCCUGCUGUCCUGCCAGCUGCAGAGAGGGGUGGACCUGCCCAGUGCCCUGCAACACGCCUGUGGGGAGGCCUACUCCCUCUGCCAGCGCACCACCGCCAUCCAACGGCAAGCCCAGGAGGUGAUUGAGCGCCACCUGUCCAUCCUGGACACAGAGGACUGGGGCAGCGGGCUGCUGUGUGCCGGGGUGUGGCCRGACGGCUUCCCCUCAGCCCUGCUCUCCACCGAAGACUCCUGCUUCUCCUCGGUCCUCCGCGACGGACAGGUCCUCUCCUUCUGCCUCAACACACUCAGCAUGCAGGGGAAGAGGAGCCGUCCUCUGAGCCUGAGUGACCUCCAGAGGGCUCUGCAGAGCGGGACAGCGCUGCACGAGGGCCUGGUUUUCUCUGGCGGCGUGGUGGACCUGGAGGAGGACGGUGACACCCUGCGCUUGCUGCCUACCGCUGUCAGGCUACUCACCGAGAGGGCCUCGCACUCAGACUGGAUGCUCCGCACCGCCUGGCUCUCCAGCCUGGCCAAGAGCUACAAACACGCCCCUGAGGUGGCACUGGUGCAGCUGGAGGCAGGGAACAGAGCUCUGAAGGCCAUGUUCAGCAGCAAGCUGACUGUGAAGGGGAAGUGCCUCACUGAGCUGCUGCAACCACACAGCACAGAUGACUACAGGAUUCUGGUGGACAUGCGUUGGAACAAGCAGUACCUGGACAUUCUGGCCAACACGUGUAACUUUGAAGACGAGGAGAGGUACAUGGAGUUCAUGGAGGCUCUCAAUGCAGUGGCCAACAGGAUCAUCCUGUUGAUGGACAGAGAGGAGAGGGCUGCAGUGGGGAGCUGUGCUAUCAAGACAUCAGCACACAACAGUGCGCUGAGGCUGGCCACUGCUUUCUCCAAAGGGACGGUGGACAUUGGUCAUCUGCCCCACCCAGUGCUGAUGCACCUGCGCUCCUUCUUUGACCUGUGGGACACCUUCACACUGCAGGCCGUGCAGACUGGACAGCCCUACAUAUCUGACCAUCUCAUGUUCGAGAUCCUGCAGCUGCUGCAGUGGAGAGACCGGUUCUGGCAGGUGUGUAACUCGCUGCCUGCCGACUCCCAGGGAGUGUCGGUCCUSUCGCUACACUGGCAGUGGGUSCAGAAACACCUCAUCCUCCGGCUUCCACAGCUACUACUGGGAGAUGGCARCCAUGAUGGCCAGCAGGAGCUCCAGACAGUGUCAGCUGCCAUCCAGACUGUCCUGUCCACCUCUGUCACUGUGGCUACUGCCCUGAAGGSCAUCCAGAAAAUAUUGGGAAAACCCCUUCCAUUCAAGCUGGAGUCUGUAGCCGAGUGUGCAUCCCGGCUGAGGGUCCUGAGCAGGGCCCUGGACGUGGGCGACCUGAGGCUMGACAACACGGCCUCCCUGUGGAGACAGGAGCUGGUCCGCCUGCAGGGAGCCGCUCUGGGCCUGGACACCAAGGAAAGCCUGCUAGAAGCCUGGGGCCUGGUCCUGRUGGCCAACAACCAGCUAGAWCCCCAGAACUCAGGUGUCCUAGAGAGGCUGGUGUCGUGCGUGCAGCAGCAGCAGGGUCACAUGACCUCGUGCGGCCUACUGGAGGUGCGCUCCUCUAUGCAUGACGAGGGGGAGCAGGGAGACAGCGCCGCUCCCUGUAGGGAGGUGUUACAGCAGCUCAGCCGCAGGGCCCAACUCUGGCCUCUCAUGGAGGAGCUGGCCGUACUCAACCAGCUCAGGCUCAGCACCGACCUGCUGCAGCUGGCUCUCACACAGGGUGACAGAGAGUCCGAGGACAGCCUGCGUCGCGAGGUCUCCCAACACCUGCGCUUCUGUCUCCAGUCCACCCCCAUGAACGUCAGCCAGCUCCAGCCUCUCUGGUUCCUCCUCAGCAGUGACCGGCCUGCGGAGGAGCUGCAGUUUGUGUGGUGUGAUCUGCUAUCAGAGGCCCUGGCGGCCCUGUGGAGCAGCAGUGUGACCUCUGACCCAGAGCGCUGGCUGAAGUGGGACCCCCUGUGUUCCGAGGGACAGGUGACAUCAUCCAAGACACCUCUGUCACCUGAAAACAUGGGUCCUGGCAUGCUGAGCAAAGCAGUGUGGACAAGGUGCAUGUUGGGGGUUCUUAGCAGCAGCGAGAUGGGGGGUCGGUGGGACCCCACGGGGACGUCCCUCCUCUCCUCAUCCCGGGUCACCCUGGGGGAGUGGAGGGAGCGGACCCAACAGCUCCAAGACGUCACCGCCGUGCUGUGGGACAACAUGGCUGUCCCUGCCCUGGCUGAGUUCAGGGGUACUGACCUGCGGCUGCAGGGCGUGGUGCUGCGCCGGCAACUACAGUCCAUAUCAGAGCUGCUGCCUCCAGGGCUGCAGGAGAGCUAUACAGAAACCUGUGAGAGCCUGGUGGAGGACCAGGACCCUCUGGUGGCCGCCCAGGAGGUCCAGACCACCCUCACAGACUUCCUGCCCCCCAACCACCUCCCCGAAGGCCUGCUGGARGCCCUKCUCACCUGCCUMCYGCAGUUUGUCCAGAACAGGGUCCAGGGCUCCAUCCGCGUCCAAGGCUUCAGCCAGCUGGUCCGCUCUGGGGUCUUCUGGGUCAACAUGGGCCUGCUGCAGAUUAAGACCUGGACCCCACAGACCAUCUUCGACCCGGCCGUGAAGAGGGCCUACAAGCUGGACUACGCCCAGGAGGAGCUGGCUUUGCUGCAGGAGGAGUGGAGAGGACGCAGUCUGUCCUCUCAGCUGCUGACUGGAGCUGAGCUGUACCUGUGGAUCCGUAUGCAGCAGGUGAAGGAGCAGAUAGCAGAGCUCUCCAGAAAGCAGGCCUGCAGGCCCAACGAUCCCCAGUACGGAAGGCUGUUCCAGGAGCUGCAGCACUACCUCUGCAGCAUAGGCCAGCCGGCCUCCAUAGAGGAUCUGCUCUCCCACCUGCUCAAGGCCCUCCAGGGGAGCGGCACCAAAUCCAGGUCGGGGACUCAGGGCCUGCUGAAGGAGGAGGCCGUGUGGCAGGCCUCGCAGCACCGCUUCGCCCAGAGGCUGGCGGAGGAYUACCCGCUGUACCCUGACGUAGUGGGGCCCCUGAGGACUGCCAUCCUCCAGCUGAGGCAUGGUAUGAGACUGGUGGCAUCCGAGGUGGCCUCUUCCCUUACCCCGAUUCCAGGCCUGCCCAAGCUGGUGUCCUGCCUGCUGGCCUUCCCCUCUGUGUCCCCCAGCAUGCCUUCCUACCUAGCCAGGGCAGACUACCUGUGCUCCAGGGGCUGCAUGGAUGUUCUGAGGGGCCUAGGGAAGCUCUUACCCCAGCAGGACCUGGAUCACGUGGUCCCAGAGCCAGGGACGUUACUCCUGAACGCUCUGUUGUACCUGCAGUGCCACGCCCUCUCCACUGGUCAGCUCAGCCAGGACACACUCAAACUCUUCAGACACAUCUGUCAGGCUCUGGUGAACGAGUGGGACGAGCAGGAGAAGCGUGCACGGGAGAAAGAGCAGCUAGAAGCCAGUCUGUAUCGCCACCGCAGCAGACUCCACGGAACAGGUCUGAGUGAGGACGAGCAGGAGGAGAGAGACUUCAGACGCUGCUUCCCCCAGUUCAACAAGGACUUUGCUGACAUCACCACCCAGCCCAGUCUGGAGGGACCAGCAGACAGAGGAGAGCCAGAGGAGGAGGAAGUGACAGAGGAUCCCAACGAGGCUGGCUUCCUGUCUCCAGCCUGUAUGAACACUGUGGUACAGGUCCAUCAGUGCCUCUGUCUGGGCUACACCCAAUCACUGUGGUACCAGACCAGCGCUCCAGCCAAUCACAGCAAAGAUCACAUCCGAGCUCUGGUCUCCUCCUAUCAGACCACAGCCCCGGUGAUGUCACGCUUCUACCAUCUCAUGGACUCUGAGAUGGACCAGCAGCUGACAGGCACCCAGCUGCUUCUCAGCACCCUGCUCCAGAACACUGUCCAGGGGACRCCYGGSCCCGAGYGCCUGACCCUCCAACCAGACGGGCCCUAUGACUUCUACCAGCAGCCCAACAUGAGUGAGGCCCGCCUGUGUCUGCCUGUCCUGGAGCAGCUGGCCCUGGCCGUCGGACAGAGGCUGGAGGAGUGGCCCGAGCACCCCGCCCUAGUCCAGUUGACGGUGGUGAUGGAAAGGAUCAUGGCCUUCAGUCUAGCCAGCCCACUGGCCAAGUUCCUCAACGGGCUGGAGAUCCUGCUCAGCAAAGCCCAGGACUGGGAGAACAACGCCAGCCGCAAGGUCUCUCUGAGGAGGGAGCUGGAGCCUGUCACUAACCUCAUCAUCCAGUGGCGCAAACUGGAGCUCAACUGCUGGUCCAGCAGUCUGGACAAUGCCUUGAAGCGGCACACGGAGAGAUCCACCAAGCACUGGUUCUCCCUCUACCAGCUGGUUGAGAGGUACCAGGAGGAGCAGAGGAUGGGCACCAGCGCAGUAGAGGGCGAUGGUGUGGAGAGUCUGUCCCUGUCCACGGUCUCCUCCACGCUMCAGGCCUUCAUGGAGGGCUCCACACUGGGAGAGUACCACACCAGGCUAGUCAUGCUGCUCAGCUUCCACUGCCACCUUCUCCUGGCCCCCAGCCAGCAUGGACAAGAACCUCUCUGCCGUCUCCUCUGGAAUCUGCACAAGUACUACACACAGUUCUCAGAAUGCAUCCAGACCAAAGUCACUCAGCUCCGCCAGCCCAUUGAGAAGGAACUCAAGGACUUUGUGAAGAUCUCCAAGUGGAAUGACGUCAGUUUCUGGUCCAUUAAACAGUCAGUGGAUAAGACCCACCGAACCCUGUUUAAGUUUGUGAAGAAGUUUGAGGCGGCGCUGAGCGGGCCGGUUGCUCCUGCGCUGAUAGAGCAGGGCAGCAGUGCCAGCCUGGACAGUGUGGAUGCCAACGAAGAGAACACCCCACUCCACAGGGUUCACCAUGCCCUGAAGAACACCCUCCCUGGCAGGACCAGAGACCUAAKGAGUGAGUCCCCAGAGGAGGGACCGGCGGGUGUGGAGCCCUCGUCUCUGCAGGGCCGCCUGCCCCUCCUCACCAGGAAGAUGAGGAAGAUGUGUGUGACACUGGUGAAGAAGAACCCUCUGCCAGAGCUCUCUGAGGACCUGGACGUCUUCACCGGGGAGAUCAUCAGCAACCUGCGCGACCUCCAGAGCCUCACGAUCGACCUGAAAGCCGAGAAGGAGAAGCAGAAGUCAGAGGUCAAACACAUCCUCCAGCAGAAGCAGAGAGCCCUGUCUGACCUCUUCAAGAUGCUGGCUGAGAUCGGUCUGUCCUACCGUAAGGGCCUGAACUGGAGCAGGACAGCGGACCCAGAGGAGACCCUGUGUAUGCAGCCUCUGGAGCUGCAGACCGCCCUGGCUGCAGUCAGGACCCAGGAGCAGGCAGAGAAAACUUUGUUUACUGAGAUGAGCGCUGCGUGGGACGGCUGUCAGAAGUACUUCUACCGCUCGUGGGCCCGCAGAACAGCCAUGAUGACUGCCCUCCAGAGCGCUGCGAAGGAGCUGGGGAUUGGGAAUAUUGAUCGUUGCCGAGGCUUCUCCUCCCACCUGUUCAAGCUGCUGCUCAGACAAAGGCGACGCCUGGCCAAGCUCACAGAGCAGUGGGUCCACCUCAGGAGGCUAACAGCCAGCGUGCAGGGCAUCCAGGCUCACCUCCAGUCCCACAGUGAGAAUGCGGGUGGCCUUCCCCCCCAGGCUUCCCUCCAGGGCUGGGUGAUUAAGGCCCAGGGCCUGGCAGGGCAGUGUGCCACCCUCCUCCAGCAGCUAUCCUGGGUGCUGCAGUGCUGCCCCGAUGGCCCCCAGCAGAUGGAGGGGGUAGACGGGCAGAGGGAGCCCACCCUGAGUUGCCCGUCCCCCAUGGCGGCUCAGAGGCAGCCCCCUGGGUGUCUGCUGAGGAGAGGAGACCCGGCCUGGAGCCAGCUGAGUCGGCGUGRGGUGGACAUGUUGGGUCAAACCCAGAUCCUGAAAGAGGAGCUGGAUGCAGUGGCACUGCAGUCCACACAGGGGGCGCUGCACUCCUGGAGCCACUUCUCUGUGUGUUGCUCUGGCUAUGACCGGCUGGGUGCCGUGGCAGCACAGAUGCCCAUGGUGGAGCAGCUCUUCACCCCCAACGCCCCAGAGGGCACGGCUGACACCCAGCCUGGUCUGACCCGUGGCUUGCAGUACGUCAGGGGAGAGCUGGAGUCUAGCCUGACUGAGUUCACCACCUGGAAGACACAGCUACUCUCCCUGGGCUACGGACACACAGGUUACCAGCAAACAUUCCAUUCCGAGUUCUCUGCUGAGCUGGAGAAGGCCAUCAACACUGUGCUGGUUGCCGUGCAGACCCUGGUGAAGAGAAAGGAUGGGGAGCAGUUGAGAGAACAGCAGACAGACACCAAGAGAGUUCCAGAAGGUGAGGAGGAGGAGGAGCCCCAGGAGGACCUGCUGAAGCCUGGUCACCUGAGCCGUCUGCUGGAAGAGGAGUUGGGAGCAGAGGUGGCGUCUCUCUCCCUGGGGGAGGUCAGCGACACGCUGGAACAGCUACUGGAGAGACUCCGAGUCCACCGAGACUCCUGUCCACCUCAGCAGCUCCAGGAGCUGAGUGAGGCUUGCAGGCUGCUGGUGCGUCUAGACCCCAUGCUGGGGCUGUACUCGGAGCUGGUAUGCUACUACCUGGCUGUGUCACUGGGAGCCCACAGGAGCACUGGGAAACUGCUCUCUGUCCUGGCCGGCAUCUUCACUGAGCUAGCCCAGAAGGGCUUCUGUCUACCCCAGGAGCUGAUGGAGGGAGGGGACGGAGAGGGGGCCACAGAGUUCCAUGACUAUGAGGGCGGUGGCAUCGGAGAGGGAGAGGGCACCAAAGACGUCAGCGACAAGAUCGAGAAUGAAGAGCAGGUGGAGGACACGUUCCAGGAAGGCCAGGAGAAGAAGGAGGAGGAGCCUGACAAGAAGAACAUUGAGGAGGAGGACAACGCCAUCGAGAUGUCCGAGGACUUUGACGGCCAGAUGCAUGAUGGAGACCAGCAAGAGCCAGGUGAAGAUGACAAGGAGGAGUCUGACAAAGAGGAGGAUGAAGAUCUGGAUAAGAAGAUGGGUGACCUGGGCGAGGGCCAGACGGACACGCUGGAUGAGAGGAUGUGGGGUGAUGAUGAGGAUGAUGAAGAAGAAGAGGAGGGCAGUGACAAGGAGGAGGUGUCAGGCCAAGGAAUGGACCAGGGGGAAUCAGAGCUGGUCGCCAAGGACGACAACCUGGAUGCAGCAGACCCCAAAAAAGACAAGAACAAAGACGACAAAGACCAACAGUUGGACGAGGAGGAGGAGAAGAUCCACGAACAAGGGGACGAGCGGGAGUUUGAUGAGAACGAGGUGGACCCGUAUCAUGGGAAGCAGGAGAAGAAGCCUGACCCGGAGGCCAUGGACCUGCCUGAUGAACUCAAUCUGGACCAGGAGGAGGACCAGGCCGGGGACGAGGGAGAGGGAGACGAGGAAAACCCGUUUGACAUUGACGAGACGCCAAUGGAGCUGGAGGAGGAUCAGACAGACAAACAAGGAGAGGAAGAAGGCCAGGAACCCAAGACUGAGGAGGAAGWGGGAGGAGAACAAACAGAGGAGGCAGAGGAAGAGGGAGGAGGAGAACAAACAGAGGAGGCAGAGGAUGAGAAGGACAAAGGACAAGAGGCAGGGAAAGAGGAGGAUGUGGCCAUCCCUACAAACGAAGGCCAGAAACCAAAGGAGGAGGAAGGGGAGGGUGAGGAUGAGGAGCAGCCAGAAUCGGCAGAGAGGAAGGAGCACAACACAGACGGUCAGACAGGAGAGGAGAACGUCCAGAGUGAGACCGCUGUGGAGCUGGCAGGGGACGCAUCCGAGAGAGACCAAGCUAAAGAAGAGCGUGGUAGUGGAGCGGCUGAUGCCAGCCAGUCGGAGGGACACGAGUCCAAACUCAUGGCAAGGAUGUCUUCUCAGAAAGCGAGCAAGACACAGAGCUUCAAAAGGAAGCCGGGGCAGGCUGACAACGAGCGUUCGACGGGCGACUACAACGAGCAAAUCAACAAGCGUCUACGCACGGUGGAAAGCACUACGGAGAAGACGUCGGAGAACAAACAGACUCAGGCCCAGCAGGAGUCAGACCUGUACGAGCAUAUCAAACAGGGAGAGAUGGCCUACGACACACAGACAUACGAUGUUGCCAGUGCAGACCAGCAGAAACCAGACGGAGCCCCACAAGAUGAGGACCAAGAGGACGACGACAUUGCAAUGGAUACAGAGGAGCAGGAAGAGGACCUGCGGGCUGUUGACGCACAGGAGUUGAAGCCAGAGCAGCUGGACUCGACCAGAGCGUCACAGAAAGGUCUGGACAGUGGAGAGCUGGAGGCUCUGAGGCAGCAUGAGGAAGACGAGGAGAGGCCAAAGGACACACAGGGUCACAGUGACGAGGAGCGCCCAGAGAGGAGCACAGAGUCUACCAUCCACACUGUCCCAGAGCUGCUAAUGAACACACUGCAGAACCCAGUCCGCGACCCAGAGGAGCUGAGGAGGGAGAUGGAGCUGCAGCUGGAGGCCUGGAUGAAACAGGCCCCUGGAGACCGGGAGGAGGAGAGUGCAGCGGCAGCCAUGUGGCUCCAGUACCAGACGUUGACCUCGGCCCUGUCCCAGCAGCUGUGUGAGCAGCUCCGRCUCAUCCUAGAGCCCACGCAGGCGGCCAAGCUCAAAGGAGACUUCCGCACAGGAAAGCGUCUGAACAUGCGGAAGGUGAUCCCCUACAUCGCCAGUCAGUUCCGUAAAGACAAGAUCUGGCUGAGGAGAACCAAGCCCAGCAAGAGAGAGUAUCAGAUCUGUCUGGCCGUGGACGACUCCUCCAGCAUGGUGGACAACCACUCAAAACAGCUGGCCUUUGAAUCCCUGUCUGUGAUCGUCAACGCUCUCACUCUCCUGGAGGUUGGGCAGGUGUCUGUGUGCAGCUUUGGAGAGACAGUGCAGCUUCUCCACCCGUUCCAACAACCGUUCAACGAUCAGUCAGGUGCUAGGAUACUGAGGCUCUGUCAGUUCCAGCAGAAAAAGACCAGGAUAGCCCAGUUCCUGGAGACCUCAGCCAACAUGUUUGUAGCAGCCAAGCAGCACAGCCUUGGAUCCAUGAACACAGAGACGGCCCAGCUGCUGCUCAUCGUGUCGGACGGCAGGGGGCUCUUCCUGGAGGGGAAGGACAGGGUGACGGCUGCCGUGCAGGCGGCUCGCAGCGCCAACGUCUUUGUCAUCUUCGUGGUGCUUGACAACCCCAACUCCAGGGACUCCAUUCUGGACAUCAAGGUGCCCAUCUUCAAAGGUCCAGGAGAGAUGCCUGAGAUCCGCUCCUACAUGGAGGAGUUCCCCUUCCCCUUCUACGUGAUCUUGAGGGACGUCAACGCCUUGCCAGAGACCCUGAGCGACGCACUGAGGCAGUGGUUUGAACUCGUCACGGCAACCGACCAGUAGGCCAAUGAGAAGAAACCAUCUGAGAGUGCAGCAACCAACCGCACAACGCCACUCUGCUGCUAGCCUCUCGACAACACACAGACUCAAAAACAGAACUCACAAAGGAAGACGGACUUGCCACUGUAUAUGUGCCUUUUUUCUUAUUUUUACUCUAAUUUUAGUAGACUGUAGAGUUUGAUAGCAACCUCCGCUGGUUAGUCCUUGUCAUCAGGCCGGGGGGAUUCUGGAAGUUCUUUCGUAAUGUAAUUAGCAUUGCUUUAUCUUGCACGUCUAUAAAAAAUGUUAGAAAACAAACAAAAUGUGAUUCCCUUCCGUUUGAACAAGAUACCUCUUUUCCCUGUGUACUAUAACCCCCUUCAUGUUGUAUGGAUGUUUUCAGUCUAACAUGCUCAUCAAGACAUUCUGCUUUCAUGUAAACACAUCAAAUGGCCAUGUAUCGAGCUGACAGUGUUGUGAUGUUAAUGCACUGUUUGUCAAAUAAAAAAUAACAAGAAAAAAAAGAACCCCCUUAAUUAUAUCAUGGCAAAAGAAAAGCAUGCUGAUAUGGGKUUGAUCCAUUUAAAAAGUAAUCCCAAAAUUGUGCCUUGAAAAAAUGUUUUGCAUCUCACUUUACACUAUGUGCUUUAAAAAAUGCAUCCAUUGUUUACUUGGAAAUUAUAAUUCUGCCCAAAAUAAUGUGGUGUUAUUAUAAAGCUCUCUCUUUUUCUCUUUCUCUCUUUCUCUCUUUAUUUCUAUAAAGGUCAAUGUUUUUGGAAAAUGUGGUUCUUAUGCACUUUGAAGCACAAGGACUGCUAAUAACAAUUUUGAUAAACGCUCCAAUUGGUUCCAUUUCUCUGGUCUUAGGCUAUGUUUAGACAGGUAGCCAAAGUCUGAUCUUUUGACGAAUCAGAUCAAUUCUGAAAAAUAUCUGAUGUCAAAAGAUAUGAUGUGAUUGGUCAAAAUACCAAUUUGGAAGUUGUGCUACCUGUCUAAAUGCAGCCUAAGCGACAUCACAACUACAUCUGUUUUGCACCUCGACUGUACUGUAGAUAAGGUUCAUUCACUGACACGUCAUUAGAAAAUACCAUUGCUGUGACAUUAGGAAAACAGUGGUUGAUGAUUGUGCAUUGAAAUGUUUAUCGCCAAGGUGAUUUGUAAUGUGGAAAUAACUAAGCAAACAAAUGAUAUUCAUGUUAGUUGUUCAUACCAUCUAUCAAUCACAUAUGACACGAUACAUUGUAUGAUGUUAGGGUUAAUAAACUUUUUGAAAUGUUUUGA